AAUCCGACUCUCUUCACGUGAAAGAAAGUCACGGCAUUUCAACGGCGGGCGCCCCAACCCAAUCCAGCAUCAUCCCGUUUCGUUUCGCUCGUGCGAACCACGCCGCCUGCUGCCGGUCGAUCACCGAAACUCUACACCUUGAGAACCCGCCCACCUUUUUAACCAACCCUCCUCCCUUCCUCUAUCUCGAUCUCUUCUUCUGAAGAACCACCUGUCGCACAACCACCAACGCCGCUCCGCCAACAACACCACUCCGCCAACAACACCACUCCGCCAACAACACCACUCCGCCAACACCACCACUCCCACCACCGCCAACAUGCCCGGCCACCCCAACCUCUACUCCUUCCCCACCACCACCGACCUCGCCCCGCACCUCCGCAAAUACAUCCUCGACGCCCAAAACGACGCCCUCGCCCGCCACACCACCUUCCGCCUCGCCGUCUCCGGCGGCUCCCUCCCCUCCACCCUCUCCGCCGCCCUCCUCGCCCCCGCCAAAUCCCCCUCCGACACCCCCCAAUUCUCCCAAUGGGAAAUCUUCUACGCCGACGAACGUUGCGUGCCCUUGACGCACGAGGACUCCAAUCACCGUCUCGUGCAAUCGGAUCUCAUCGAUAAGAUCCCCGAGGAACUGGGCAAGCCAAAGGUGCAUACGAUUGAUGACUCGGACUUGGAGGAUGUGCAGGGUGUGGCGGAUCAUUAUGAGCAACUUCUCGUUUCGUCGUUUGCGUCGAGGGAUAGUGUGAAAUUGCCGCUUUUCGAUCUGAUUCUGCUGGGAUGUGGGCCGGAUGGACAUACAUGCUCGUUGUUUCCCGAUCAUGCGCUUCUGAGGGAGACGUCCGCUUGGGUUCUGCCGAUUAGUGAUUCGCCGAAACCGCCGCCGAAGAGGAUUACAUUGUCAUUGCCGGUGGUGUGUCAUGCGGCCAAGGUGGCAUUUGUCGCGACGGGCAAGGGGAAGAGAGAGGUGUUGAAGAAGAUUUUUGACAGUGAAGAGGGGAGGGUUCUGCCGUGUGGGUUGGUCAAUGAGGGGGCCGGGGAGAAGUGUAGUUGGUUUUGUGACGGGGAGGCCGUGGAGGGGGUGAAUUUUCCGAGGAGGGGGAGUGUGAUUUGA